AUGGCAGCCGAAUUAGUCCAGCUACAGCCGGGACAACAGGUCGAGCGUUGGACCAUCGUGAAGAAGCUGGGAGAGGGAGGUUUCGGUAGGUUUUUCGGUCGAAUUUGCUGGGUUUUGCGGUCGAAUUCGCUGAUUUAUCAUGUUGUUGUUGGUUGAAUUUGGUAUCAGUUAGAAGCUUAAAAGUUUUGGCAUUGGAUAUGGUGGGUUUUGAGAUUAUAUACAAUCAGUUUUGGCAGUAAAUUUGAUAAGUUUUGUCAUCAGUUUGAUUUUUUGGGCGUUUUUGCCCUUUUCGGUCGAUUUUUCUCUAUAUUCGACCGGUUUUUCAUCAGCCCAAGGCCUUUCCGUUCCAAAAUGAUGCUAUUCUCCUUCCAGGUGCUGUGUACAAAGUAUCGGACCCCACCGGCGAGUAUGCGCUGAAAACCGAAGGUGCCAACGAGCAGAUCCAGGUACUGAAGAUGGAGGUGUACGUGUUGACUGAAUUGACCAAACGAGGCUCACGUCACUUUUGCAAAAUUGAGGACAAGGGACGAUUCGGAAACUUCAACUAUGUCGUCAUGACAUUUGUCGGAAAGUCGUUGCAGGACUUGAGAAAGGUAAUAUUUUGGGGGUUUUUGAAGUUGUAUUGUGGUAGGUUGGGUGAUGAAGGUAAUCUUGGUCAAGUUUUUUUUAUUUUUCAAAUUUUUUAAACAUCUCAUUCCAGGAAGGCCCAGGCCAGCACUUGAGCAUGGGCACGGCCAUUGGCGCCGGAAUUCAGUCGCUGGAGGCAUUGGAGGAUUUGCACAACAUUGGCUACCUGCAUCGUGAUGUGAAGCCGGGUAACUACACAAUCGGUCGUGCCGAGCUGAACGAGUUGCGCAAGAUCUACAUUCUCGAUUUUGGUAUGUGUCGUAAGUUCACCAACGAUCAAGGCGUGAUCCGAAAGCCGCGUGCCGCCGCCGGUUUCCGUGGAACGGUCCGCUACGCUCCCAUCUCGUGCCAUUUGCAACGUGAGCUGUGCCGUAAGGACGAUUGCGAGACGUGGGUGUACAUGUGUGUGGAGCUGACCACCGGCAACCUGCCUUGGAAGAACGUCCAGGACAUGAACCAGGUGAGGGUUGAGGUUGUAGUAGGCUCGGAGGGGUUGUUAGGGUGAUACAGUGCAUUGUAGAGUUACAUUGUAGUAUAUUUUUAUACUAUGCUACUUUUUACAGCUGUUGUAUCACAUUAUUUCAGGUCGGUGAGUACAAAAAGCGUUGCCGCUCCCCACAAGGACUCCAGGAACUGUUCGCCGGCUGCCCGCGCGAGUACAUUGAGGUGUUGCAGUACGUCGACGCCCUUAAGUACUACGACGCCCCCAACUACCAACAAGUCUACUCGACGAUGCGCCGCGCCUUCACUUCGAUGGGCGUCCAGGAGUUCCCCUACGACUGGGAGAAGGGUCCCGGAUUCUAG